UAUACAACAAAAUGCAUUUAAGGGCUAAAAAAAGUGGAUUUUGCAUGACAUGUCCCCUUUAAGACCCGCAUAGAAAUGUUACUCCUUGCUAGAAUUGCACGGCAAGAGAAAAGGACUGGAACAGCCGGCUUCAUGUUACAAGAGCAGAAGCGCUUCCACCUUUCCUGGACUCCCAUAAUAUAUCCUAAAUCAAUUGGAGAAAGGAGCAAGAGAGCCAGUAAUGCUGUGAUUGAUGAGAGCGAUGUGAAUAUUUGUAAGCUGAUAAGCCUCUUUUUUCUCUCUCUUCUCUGUCUCUCUGUCUCUCUCGCCCGACGCACGCAUCAGAAGGGAUACAACAUUGAGCAGCAGAGUGUGAAAAACGGAAAACACCUGAAUGGAGUGGCCUCAGCGUACGCCGAUAUUCAAUGGGAACAGCCUCAUCAGCCGAGAACCCCGGACAGGGAUCCAUUCGGUUACCCUCAUCGCGAGAUCCCCCCAUUGGCCAGUUACGCUCCUCAGCCUGAUUACAUGACAGUGGAUGAUGAUCUCAUCAAGCCUAAAAAGCUGAUUAAUCCCGUGAAAGCCUCUAAAAGCCACCAGGAGCUUCAUCGGGAGUUGCUUAUGAACCAAAAACGAGGAAUCAGUGUGGAGAGCAAGCCCGAGCUGCAGCGUGUGUUGGAGCAAAGGAAGCGAGAGCAGAUGAUAAAACAGAGAAAGCGGGAGGAGGAGGCCCGGAGGAAGAUCUCCCCACUGGAACAGGAGCUUCUCAAGAGACAGCAGAAACUGGAGGAGCUGGAGAAGGAGCAAGCAAGUGUGGAGGACAGCGCCCCAGAGUUCAUCAAAGUUAAGGAGAACCUGAGACGAACGUCCUUCACAAGUUCUGGAGAGAAGGAGGUGUAGCGACACAGACUGGAUCCAGAUGUGUGUGUUUGUGCACAGCCAGUAACAUAGAGACCUAAACACUGAGCUUCUCUACCGCCUGUCUCACACCAACAACACCUUCAGCGCUCUCUGGAGCAGGAGACCCAGACGGGACCCAGAGGACCUCCACAUCUUCACUUCACGAAGAGCUCCAGAGGUUUAGAGAGACUGUGACGAGGACGAGCGUGUUGUUUUCUGCUCUGGAUUGGACACCAUGGGUUAAAGAUGAACUGUCCAGGCUGCUUGUGUGUGUGUAUGCAUGGAUAGACAGCCGUGUUCUGGUUCUGUCACAUUAGAUAAAAAAGUGAAAACAAGGUACAAGGAGUAGUUUCAGAGUGAAUAAACAGUCUAUUUCUCUCUAACCGAAAGGCUGAACAUUUAUAAGGCGACAAUUAGACGGACACAUCAGUAUUACUGCCAAAUAUUUGUUCAUCGCCUCCUUUUAAACGUUGUCUCUUACACUUAACAAU